AAUAUAAAUUUGAUAGUAAAUACGAUAGACAGCUCUUAUCUCAAAUUCAUAUCUCCAACCAAGUACUAAUAAAGAGACCAACACAGGAAAUGGCGUCUACAUAUUAUGAAAUAUAGAAAGAGUUUUCUUAAUUGGAGUGAAGGCAGUAUAUAUGUACAAUUUCUGUAAGGCUAGCCGUGUUAUGGAAGUGGAAUCUUAGACUUGUUUAACGAGUUUGAAGGAUUCUCUUAUCCGCCCAGUUUUUAUAAAGCAGGAAGUUUAUAAGUACAGCAAGGUUUUGUGAAACAUGGACAUGUUCCUAAAAGGGAUUUGUGUGAUUGUUUUGUUCCUUUUUCUUGGACGUGUGCACACUGAAGAUAGUGGUAUUCAGAAUGUUGAAAAUAAAAACGUUCAAGGAUCUGUAGAAGAAAAGCCCACGCCCUCUCCUCGACCUGAUCUAACCAAGAGCGUGCAGACGAGACCUAGUCCUGAAGAUGAAGAUUCUUUGAGGAUAUCGAUUCCAUUUGGUAAUACUACAAAAUCAGUAGAAGCAAAGCUCAGGAUGUCUUCUCCGUCUGGUUCAACCAAGGUCGUGCAUGAAACAGCUAGUCCUGAAGAUGAAGAGGUCUUGAAGAUAUCUAUUCCGUUUGAUAAUACUACAGAUUCAGUAGGAGCCAAGCCGUUGCUGCCUCCUCCGUCUGGUCCAACCAAGGAUGUGGAUGCAACACCUAGUCCUAAAAAUGAAGAGGCUUUGGAGACAUUGAUUCCGUUUGGUAAGCAUGUCCAACAGUUCCCUUUUAUAUUGAUAGCAAUAACAUGUGGUCACAAUCCUCCUCAUCCCCCAGUGUAACUACUACAGCGAUAGCCACCAUAACGACGACGACGACGGUUUCUACAAAAUUAAUUCCUG